AUGCAUCUCGUUUCUCUCAACAUCACCGACCUCCUCAUCUCCCUCUUCCGUGGUACCCUGCAGUGCGAGAAGACAGACAACAGGGCAGACUGGGAUUGGGCCGUUUUUAGCGAUGACAAGGUGUGGAAAGCACAUGGGGCUCACGUCGAAGCUUGCACUCGCUACCUUCCUGGUUCGUUCGAUCGGCCGCCUCGCAACCCAGCUCUCAAAAUCAAGAGUGGUUACAAAGCAUGGGAAUUUCUCAUAUAUGUCUUCGGCCUCGGUCCAGCUCUCCUCUAUGCCACCCCUCUUCCCAUCAAAUACUUCCGAAACUUCUGCCGACUUGUUUACGCUAUCCGGAUCACACUAGCAUAUGAGAUUCACCGAGACGCCCUCAAAGACGCCAACGACCAUCUCUUCGCAUUCACAACCGAGUUUGAAGAGCUCUAUUACCAGCGCAGAGAAGAUCGCUUGCACUUCAUUCGACAAAGCAUUCAUGCACUCUCCCACAUCUGCGAAGAGUGUGAGCGCCUCGGGCCGCAGGCGUAUUACACCCAGUGGGUCAUGGAGCGUGUUAUAGGUUCCUUCGUACAAGAGCUCCGCAAUCACGUCGAUCCAUAUGCAAACCUCGCCCAUCGAGGUCUGCGACGCGCUCAAAAGAUCGCCCUCACAGCAAUGCUCCCGGAGCUUGAGCACAGCAAGUAUGCCACAGGAGACCUUCCCGAGGGAGCGAAGCAGGUCGGCUCCGGCUAUGUGCUUCUCCGUGCUGUGGAAGCUGCCACUCCUGUUACACCUGCAGAAUCCGAGGCCCUUCGAGCGUACUGGGAGCAACACACUACACAUGAGAUACCCCAAGACUACACCUUCAGUGUUGCCCGUUGGGCUCGGUUGCUCCUUCCGAGCGGACAGGUGGCUCGAUCACUCUGGAAAGAGUCAAUGAAGAAUGAGUCCAAAUUGCGUAUCUCACGGAAUGUGAAGAUCCAGCACAACGAAGUUGUCUCAUAUGGCGAGAUCCGCUACUUCUUCGAGUUCAAGCUCCCAGGUGGAACGGAGCCUCACACAGUCGCGAUGGUCUCCAUGUGGGGAACCCCAGAGCCGAAGAUCCUCGAGUUGUCCUAUGGGGCCAUUCAGUCAUGUCUUCCAGGUGGUGACGACGCACUCACCGUCCUCCCGGUUCAUCACAUCAAGUCUGUUGUGGCGAUGGUUCCCCACCCGCAACCAAUCGAGCACCGAGACGAACAGAUUGACCUCACCGGUCGCUUUUUUGUCGUUGAGAAGCCUGGUCUCGGAGUCGCACAUCUUGGCGGCGUGGUUGAGGGGCUCGGAGAGGGAGAGGGUGCUGCUGCCGGUUCAGGUGGAGGUGAUGGCGAAGGCGGACUGAGUUAA